UGCCCCGCGACCGGAAAUAAGAGCCGUGGCUUCCGGAUCCUCCCUCACCAUUCGAGCCUGCCGUUCGUUCGGGUUGGUUGUGUUUGCGUCUCUCUGCUUGUUAUGGCCGCGGCCGUCGCUAUGGAGACAGAUGAUGCUGGAAAUCGACUUCGGUUUCAGUUGGAGUUGGAAUUUGUGCAAUGUUUAGCCAACCCAAAUUACCUUAAUUUUCUUGCCCAGAGAGGUUACUUCAAAGACAAAGCUUUUGUUAAUUAUCUUAAGUACUUGCUUUACUGGAAAGAACCAGAAUAUGCCAAGUAUCUAAAGUACCCUCAGUGUUUACACAUGUUAGAACUGCUCCAAUAUGAACACUUUCGAAAGGAGCUGGUGAAUGCUCAGUGUGCGAAAUUCAUUGACGAACAGCAGAUUCUGCACUGGCAGCACUACUCCCGGAAGCGGAUGCGCCUUCAGCAAGCCCUGGCAGAGCAGCAACAGCAGAACAACACAGCAGGAAAAUGAAGAGCUGGAGACAGACCGGCUCUAAGGACAUGUAUAUAAUGUAUCGCUGUUGUACAGCACCGAUAAAAGAAGACUCUUUCUGAUCACCGUUAUUAUGGUAGCACUCAGAACCAUUAGUGUUAUUUUUGGUCAGCAAACUUUAUAUUGUUAAUAGAUUAUUUCUGUUAAAUCAGAA